AUGCCCCGUUCCUUUCCUCGCCCUACUCGACUCUGCUACAGUGUUUAUCCCUUGCUGCCAACCGCAGGAUUGGGUUUUGAAGAAGAAAGAAGGAUCAUCAAAAGGGUUUACAAUGAACUAGAUGAAGAAGAAGUAGCUUUAUACACAUAUAGUUGGAUAUCAUUCGACCGUGAGUUGUGCGUAUCGACCUGUGAAGUGCUAACGUCGGAGAAUAAUGUUCCGGUAUUUCACGUUGGAAUCGUUGUUACUGCUCGGCUGCCUCACGGCGUCGUUACUGAUCUUGCCGCUAGUACUUCCGCCAUUGCCGCCUCCUCCCCUUAUGCUGCUUCUGGUUCCUAUUUGUCUACUUGUACUUCUCAUUGUAUUGGCUUUCAUGCCUAG